AUGUCAACGCUCGAGGAGCUUCACGAUCUUGAUCGUCAAGACAAAGAUGCGAAGAACCAAGAUGGCGGUAGCGAUUUGGACCAGAAGAUUGGCCGAGAUGUGGAUGAGGUGAUGAAGGAGAAGGAUAGCGAUGUUCUUGAUGAUGAGAUUCUCGGCCUCAGCACCCAAGACAUCCACACACGGAAGCGACUGUUGGAAAACGAUUCCCGAAUCAUGAAAAGUGAACUGUCCCGACAACUGCCAUAUCUUGUUGGAAAUGUUGUUGAGCUCCUAGACUUGGAUCCUACAGCUGAAUCCUCUGAGGAGGGUGCCAAUAUUGAUUUGGAUGCGACGAGGGUGGGCCGAUCCGCUGUGAUCAAGACUUCUACGAGACAAACGAUAUUCCUACCGCUGAUUGGCCUCGUGGACUCAGACAAGCUCAAACCCGCCGACCUCAUUGGUGUCAACAAGGAUUCCUACCUCAUCCUCGACACCCUACCCGCUGAAUACGACAGCCGUGUCAAAGCCAUGGAGGUAGAUGAGAAACCAACCGAACAGUACACUGAUGUGGGUGGACUUGAUAAGCAGAUCGAAGAGCUGGUAGAGGCAAUUGUAUGGCCGAUGAAAGAAGCCGAUCGUUUCAAGAAGAUUGGCAUUAAGGCCCCCAAAGGGGCUCUGAUGUAUGGCCCGCCUGGUACAGGCAAGACCCUCUUGGCAAGAGCCUGCGCCGCCCAAACGGAUGCCACAUUCUUGAAACUUGCAGGCCCCCAACUCGUGCAAAUGUUUAUCGGCGACGGCGCGAAACUUGUUCGCGAUUGUUUCGCAUUGGCCAAGGAGAAGGCUCCAGCUAUUAUCUUUAUUGACGAGCUGGAUGCUGUUGGCACAAAGAGAUUCGAUAGCGAGAAGAGCGGCGAUCGCGAAGUGCAGCGAACAAUGCUAGAGCUGCUGAACCAAUUGGAUGGCUUUGCAUCAGACGACCGGAUCAAAGUAUUGGCUGCGACUAAUCGAGUCGACGUUUUGGAUCCGGCCCUGCUCCGCUCCGGUCGACUGGAUAGAAAGAUUGAGUUCCCACUCCCGAAUGAGGAAGCUCGAGGUCAGAUUCUCAAAAUUCACUCACGAAAAAUGAAGGUUGAUGCAGGAGUGAACUGGGGCGAGCUUGCUCGAAGUACUGAUGAAUUCGGUGGCGCUAUGCUUAAGGCUGUCUGUGUUGAGGCCGGCAUGAUAGCCCUACGGUCUGGCAAAAAUAAGAUCGGGCACGAACAUUACGUGGACGCAAUUGCCGAAGUGCAGGCGAAGAAGAAAGAUACUGUUAAUUUUUAUGCUUAA